CAUGUAUAGUGGGACACCUCCGUCCACCACCACCACCGUCAACCACCACAAUUCACAAUGCCAAAAGAGCUCGACCCCUCCACAAACGAAAAGCUCUUCAUCCUCGAUGCGCUAAAACAGGGACACCGCCUCGAUGGCCGCGAUUUCGACUCCUUCCGCCCCCUGGAACUCACGUUCGGUCGCGAAUACGGCCUCGCCGAUGUGCGACUUGGGAAAACACGAGUUCUAGCGCGAGUCUCAGCGGACGUCGUCCAGCCCUUCUCGGACCGGCCCUUCGAAGGGAUCUUCACAAUCACGACGGAGCUCGGUCCGAUGGCCUCACCGGCCUUCGAGACGGGACGAUCGACGGAGCAAGAAGUGCUUCUAGCACGUUUGAUCGAGAAGUCCAUCCGGCGAUCCAACGCGAUCGACACAGAGUCGCUCUGCAUCGUAGCGGGGCAGCGGUGCUGGCACGUCCGGGCGGACGUGCACUUCCUGAACCACGACGGGGGGCUGGUGGAUGCGGCGUGCAUCGCGGUCGUCGCCGCGCUGCAGCACUUCCGCCGCCCCGAUGUCAGUGUCGACGGCGAGCGCGUCACCAUACAUACCCUUGCCGAGCGCGUCCCCGUCCCGCUGUCGAUUCUCCACGUGCCGAUCUGCGUGACGUUUUCGUUUUUUGAGGGGGAGAAGAUGGAGGACGCUGAGGAGGGCGAGCCGCUGUUUCUGAUUGAUGCUGCGCUGCAGGAGGAGCAGCUGAGGGAUGGCGAUAUGACGGUUACUCUGAACAAGUUUGGUGAGGUCUGUCAGGUUGCGAAGGCGGGUGGAUUGCCUAUUGAGGCCGUGGCCCUGCAUAGGUGCAUGCGUAAGGCGCUGGUCAAGGUGGAGGAGAUUACGGCGUUUAUUGCGAAGAGGCUCAAGGAGGAUCACGACGAGAGGGUCAGGAGGGAUAACCUUCUGGAAAGUACGGCCGAAAAUGAACGGUAGAUCACCAUAAAUGACCAUGGCGCGAGUGAGAUCACACACACACACACACACACACACACACACACACACACACACAC